AUGAGCGCUGACCAGACAGCCGCGUCGUUCAUCGAGAACGCUCCUCCAGGCGAGCUAGCCGAAGUCAUAAACGACAUUGGAUCGCUGUUGGACCUCGACAAACUUUCGAUUCAAGAGAAAGUUGCCCCCGCGGUUGAGAAGUACAACAAAGAACAGUUUGUGACGACUAAAUUGCCCGGUGGGAGUGAUCUGGUUAUCGUCAGCAGUUACAACGAUCUCGGCGACGGUCGGUUCUUUGAUAGCGAGAGCUCUAGUAGCUUUGCAUACGACCAUUCGACACAGAAAGCUUCGGACGUACAAUCGCACCCGAUCGAUGGCGAACAUGCUGGCACAAUAAAAACCCUUCUUCGUGAUGUCGGAAACCAUGUCAAAGAACACUUCCCAUCUCUACCUGCCUAUGGCGUCUACCCAACCGACGAAGGUAUCGCAAUCCUAAUAGUUGGAAAUAAAUACAGCCCGUCAAAUUACUGGAACGGCCGUUGGCGCUCAACUUACAUCUACAAACCCUCCACCUCAACUUUAACCGGCACGAUAGCCGUUGAUGUUCACUACUACGAAGAUGGAAACGUCAGACUCGUUACUCAGAAGCGUGUGAACGAGAAUCUUCGUUCCAGCACCGCAUCAGGAAUCGCCACUGCUAUUGGAAAUGUGGAGAAGAAGUAUCAAGAGGAAUUGAAUAAGGCGUUUGGAGCCUUGAGUGAAGGCGCCUUCAAGAGUUUGAGAAGACAGUUGCCGGUGACGAGGCAGAAGAUGGAUUGGCAGAAGGCGAGCGCCUACAAGAUCGGACAAGAUAUUGGCGGCGGUAGCAGGAGGUGA